AUGCAAGAAAAACCAAAUCUUUUAAGUUUAAAAAAGUUUUAUUUUCCAAAAGAAUGGUCUUAUCCAGUCAAUACUAUUUCUAAACAUAUUAGAGAUACUUUUGAUGAAGCUGUAGAGUGUGGUCUAUUUGAUGGUUCUAAUGAAAAGCAUUUUGCCUAUGCCAAUGGUGUUUUAAACUGUGUAACUUGGUUCUACCCAAAGUAUGACUAUGAGCAACUAAUGGUCGCUGCCGCUAUUAUGCAAUGGAUCUUUGUUUUAGAUGACUUUUUAGAAAGAGAUCACAUGACCGAUGAAAAGCAACAAUAUUGUGUUAGAAAGUAUGAAGACAUUUUAAUUCAAGGAAGAUCUAGCCCCUAUUUGUCCACUCUUGAUGACUGUUGUCUAACCCCAUUAGACAAGUAUACCUUAGUUCUAAGAAAAAGACUUUUAAAGCCGAGCGAAAAUAGAAUUGAAACAUUCAAUAUCUUUGUUCAUUAUCUCAGAGAAUGGUUCUUUUCAAUUAUUCCAUUGAAGAAAUCUAAGGGUGAUCACCAUACUGACUCCGUUCCAUAUGAAGUAUAUUCAUUCAUUAGAACAAUUAAUAUCGGCUUGUAUUUCGUUGUUGGUGUAAAUAGUGUUGCUGUCGAUACCAAAGUCCAUGGAUCUUUUUGGAUCAACCCAAUUUGGCAAAGAAUGGUUAGACAUGCUGCUAAACAAAUCAUUAUCUUUAAUGAUUGUGUUUCAUAUGCUAAAGAAAUCAAUCAUGACUGUGCUGGUGAAAAUUGCUUAUACAUCUUACAGAAAAAAUUAAAUUUAUCCUUCGAAAAAGUAUAUGAACAUGUAGUAGAAGAGGCCAAACAAGCUAUUUUUGAAAUUCAAAAGGAUGAAGUUUUGCUAGUAGAGACCCUCAGUUAUUUACCAGAAGAACAAAUGAAUGGGGUUAAGUACUUGAUUGAACAAUUAAGAGAAAUUGUUGUUGGUAAUCGUGACUGGGCUUUAAUGACACCAAGAUAUGUUCAUAAUGAUUCUCCAUUCAUCGAAACUAGAGGAACAGAUCCAUCAAUUGUACCUUAUGAAAAGAUCUUAAAUUCAAAUCUUUAUUAA